UACAAAAGAUGAUACUAGUGAUAAAACAGAAAGUUUAAUCACAACAACAACAACAACAACUGAAGUUCCAGUACAACUAGUCACAGAAAAAACUUUGAUGCCAAAGUCUGAAAUAUCUCUGUGGACAGAAUUUAAUGUAACUACAUUUAGCAGUAUAAGUGAUGUGACAGUAACUGAAAAUGUAAAUGAAUCUACCUAUCUUGAAGAACAAGCAUUCACUACUGUGUCAACAGCAGCAGCUAAUCUUGGAUCAAAAGAAAAUUUUACAGAAAUGAUAACCACUAUCGAUGAAAUGAUAAUUAGGAAUGAAUCAACGUUCAUUCCUAAUGAAACAACUACAAAACAAGAUUUGGAAAUAACUACAGAAAUGAAUAAUUGGAGUGAUAGUUCGUUACAUCCAGAAAUUAGAAGUGAAGAUGAAAUAAUUGUCACUGAAAUAUAUAACAUUUCUAAAAUGACAACUAUUCAAAGUAAUUCAGUAAUAACAACUGUUACACAACCCAUUAUUACAACAAAUUUUAAUAAUUCAGAUUCAGUAACUGAAAUUCCUAAUGAUUUUAAUAAUAGUUUAGAAAAUAUUACAACUUUUACAGAAAUAAAUCUUAAUGAAAACAUUACUGAAAGUCCUUUAACAACGACACUGAAAGAAAAUUUUAGUAGUAAUAACAAUUUAAUGUUUGAUUUCACUACAAUGACAGAAACAAACACAGAUAGAAGGAUAAAACAUACAAUUUCAGAUACAUAUAAAACAGAUUUACCUGAAAAUAUUACAGAUUUGGAUAAUAACAUUAACACCACAACAUUUCAGUCUAUUAAUGUAACAAUAAGUAAUACUUCCUUAGAUUCAGUUACUGAUUUUCAACAUUCAGUUAUAACUGAAAGUGCCAACUUUGAUAAUUUGACUAGUCCAUUAAUUAUUUUAGAUGAAAAUGUUACAAUUGUAACUAAUGAUUAUAGUACAGAUCUCACUAAAGACUCAAUAUCUACAGAAAAUAAUUCUUUUGAAGUAACAGAUACAGUUUCAAAUUCUGUGUUAAAUUUGAAUGUUGUAACUUCAAAUAUUACAGAUUACGUUAAUGAUACAAGUAUAAAAGAUGUAUCAAAUAAUGUUACUGAAGUUAUUUCCCAUGUGACUGAAUCAGACAUUAGUACAUUACACUACAGAACAGAAAUAACAGAUGUGUCAAACACUGAGAAAACAACAUUAAAUGAUUUAUUUUUCACAACAGAAAGUACAAUUUUAUCCACACAACAAAAUUCAGAAACAGAAUACUUACUGAAUAUUAAUAAUACUGAUAUUACAAAUGAUACAUUAUUUUCAGAAACAACUAUUGCUAAUUCUGAAAAUCCUUUUCUUUUAACCACUGAAUAUACAAUUGAAAAUACUGUUGUUAAUCUAAAUAAUGAUACUAUACUAAAUUUUCAUAAUGACAAUUUAAAUGUAACAGAAGUUCAAAGUUUUACUUCCACAACUGAGUCUGCAGAAAAUGAUGAAAAUAUUUCUGUAACAACAGAAGCUAGUGCAGUUCGUGAUGAUAUUUCUACAAUUUGGGAUAAUAUUUUGGCAACUCAAGAAAAUACAUCUUCAAUAUGGAAUGAAUAUACCUCUCAAACUACUACUGAAAAAACUGAACUGUUAACAAAUUCACCUGGUGACAAUAUUACUGAAAUGAUUGAUACUGAAAAUACAACAGAAAAUUUCACUUUCACUGAUAUAGUUACAGAUAAUAUUACUGACAACUGUGAUGGUUGUUCUACUACCACAUCAAAUAUGAUUGAUACCACAAAUAAUCCAACUUUUCUAACCCAAACAGACAUGGAAAAAAAUACAACUAAUAAUGAUACUGUAUAUAACACAGAUAUAGGAAUUGAUGUAACUUCUAUAAAUAAUGAAACUGUUAACAUUACUGAUUCAGAACUUUUAGGAGUCAACAGUACAGAAAUAAUAGAUAUAUCAGUAUCAGAAAUAAUAAAUAGCACGUAUAGCGAAAAUGUAAUGAAUUUCUUAACAACAGUUUCAAAUGAUUCAGACAUAUUUGCUACAGAGGCAGAUAAUAAAGACAUAUCAUUACGAAGUAUUUCAACUUUAGCCACUGGUGAUGAAUUGGCAAAUUCCACAGAUAUAAAUAUAGAUUAUCAGAUGACUGUUACCGAUUUAUAUAGUAAUGCAAAUUUUGACGAAACUAAUGGGACAAACACAAAAGAAUAUAGUGAAGAAUGGAACAAUUUAACUAUGAAUGAAACCAAAUAUACAUCAUGUCCUGAAGGACAGUUUUCGUGUCCCGACGGAAAUAUUUGUUUUGAUUUGUCUCAGAAAUGUGAUGGAAUUAAUGAUUGCCCAGACUCAUCUGAUGAACUUUUAGAUUGUCAAUAUUGUGGUACAAAUUUCCAAUGUGAAAAUACUACUAAAUGUAUAAUGGCCAAAGCAAGAUGUGAUAAUAUUUGGGAUUGUGAAGGUGGAAGUGAUGAAGUUGGAUGUGAGCCACAAGAUUGUGAGGCUAAUGAAUUAUUUUGUUCAGAUAGAAGUGCAUGCAUUAAACCACUAGACAUAUGCAAUAAUGUUUACAAUUGUCGUGAUCGUAGUGACGAAGUGGGAUGUGUUGAAAGAACAACAUGCGAUACAAAUCGCUUUUUCUGUCCAGAAGGCUUAUGCAUACCUUUAGCCCAGUAUUGUGAUGGAGUCCAAGAUUGCAAAGAGAAUGAAGAUGAAAAGAACUGUACAUGUCCUGCUGACAAGUUCCAAUGCUUAAAUUCUGUUUGCAUAGCAAAGGAUUUAAAAUGUAAUGGAAAAGAAGACUGUUUAGAUGGAAGUGACGAAAAAGGAUGUGUUCAGGUUGAUUCUAAUGGUGUGGUGCAAAUUUAUGAUCAUCUGAGUAUGACUUGGAAACUUUUAUGUGGAGAAAACUGGACAAAAGAAGAUGGAAAUACGCUCUGUCAAGAAUAUGGAUUUAGUGAAGCUCUUUCAGUCAAUACAAUAAAUGUAUUUUCAAAUGUUGGCUGGAUGAAAAGAAAUGAUACAUUCAAUAACACUUUAUGGACACUUGGUGUACAAUCGACUCCUUCCUGUGACAAUAAUGCAGCUGCAACAGUACAAUGUAAAUUAUUUGAUUGUGGAAAAGCCUCAAAUCAAUACAGGAGAAAACGGAUAGUUGGUGGUCAAGAAAACGGGCAUCUUCCUGGUCAGUGGACAUCUUUGGCAAUUGUUAAUAGUUAUGAAACAAAUAAAUCAUGUCAUGCUGUAGUUAUUUCACCACUUUGGGUUUUAACAUCAUCACAAUGUUUAAAAACACGUAUGUCGAAUGUUAAUGAUUUGAUAGUACAUGCUGGAAUUAUUGGUUCGAAAACGUUAGAAAAUUCAACACAGGAAAGAAGAUCAAGUUAUAUUAUUCAUCAUCCACAUUCAUCUACACACAGAUCGCCAAUAAUACGAGAUUAUGAUGUAGCAUUAAUAAAGUUAGAAGAACCAUUAUUAUUGAAUAAUUAUGUUACUGCCAUUUGUUUACCAGAAGAAGAAGUUAAACCUGGAAUUACAUGCUUUACUGGAAGUUUUGGAAGCCGAAAAAUAAAUGAACUUCCACCUGAUCCUCCUUCCCUCAGUCAUCUUGCAGUUGUUGUAUAUAACAGAGAUGAUUGCAACCAAGUAAAUCAUUAUAAUGAUAGUAUAAAAGCUACCAUGAUAUGUGCAACAACUACAGGAGAAAGUUCUCUCUGUAAUAAUGAUGGUGGAGCUCCACUGAUGUGUUUAUCAACAACAAAAAACUGGCAUGUUGCUGGAAUUUUGUCCUACCAACAUAACUGUGGAAUUUAUUACAAACAACCAGCAGUUUUUUCAAACAUAUUCGAAAUGAAGAGUUUUAUUCAAACUAUUAUCAGCAAAAACAAAUAUAAUAUUACCUAUGACAGUGAAAUGUAUUCAACAUACCAACCAACAACAACAGAACUUCCUAAUGAUACUACCACCAUAAGCAGCAGUGAUAUUGUUUAUUCUAGUCCUGAACCAACUGAAAGUAUUAAUCAAACAGUUAUUGUAAUGCAAAGAAUUGAAGAUACAACACAAAUAGACAACGUGGAAACUUCAACAUUUACUAACAACAUCUAUAAUAUGACAAUAGAUAAUGAAACAUAUAACAGUAAUCAAGAAACUGAAAUUCCAUUGACUGAUUAUAUUACUGAAAUUUUAGAUGAAAACACUACUGUUACUGAAAUUUUAGAUGAAAAUGUUACUGCUUUAACUUCCAAUGAAACAGUAUUUAUAGAAACAACACUUCCUACUGUUGACAAUGAUGCAGUAACGAUUAGUAAAGAAUUUAUAAAUAACACUGUCAACUUAAAUGAAGAAGAAAAUGUAACAUUAGCUUUACAAACAGAAGACAUAACUGAGUCACCGAAAUUAAAUAAUGAAUCUGAUACAAAUUUAUUUAUAAAUGGAAGUUUAUUAAUUGAAAAUGAAUAUAAAGAAAUAAAUAUUUCAAUUUCAAAUACAAUCAAUACCCUAGAAACUGAAACUAUUGAACCCGAAACUUCAAUUGAAAAUACAACACCCACUGUUUUUCCAAUGCAGAAUUUAAAAAGUGACAAAUUUAUUGAUACUUCUUUAAAUAUAGAUGAUUCAACAGAAGUUAACCUUCUUAAUGCUACUGUAGAUUAUAUCACAACAGAUAUUACCGUUUCACAAGAUAUAACAAGUGUAUCUGAAAUGACUGUGACAAAUGAGAACAUUUUAACAGAACAAUAUGAGCAGAUGCCAAACAUAGAAAUAUUCAAUCAGCCUCAAAAUAAUACCUCUGAAUAUGGAGAAUUAUUUACAAAUAAUUCUUAUAUCGACAGUACCGAAGAGAAUAUUACUGAAAAAUGGAACAAUACAAAGGAAGUUUUAAAUGAAGAUAAUGCAUCUACUGAAUCACUAACUAAUUUUAAACUUGAAGAAACUUCAGAAGAUGCAUUUGAUACAACUACUAUGAACUAUAUUAAUUUAUUAAAUACUUCAAUAAGCUCAAUUCAAUCUGAAGAAAAUAAACCAUUUGUUCUGCUGACAAAUAAAACAAAAAAGAUAACUGGAAUAUCAGAAUACUAA